CACUGAUGUGUUCCUCCACGUAUGACAGACUGACUUAGCCUUAAAAAUACAAGAUUAUCAACACAAAAAUACGGCAUUAAAAAUUAAAUUAAUUAUUAAAAAAUAUUUAUAUUCCAUUAAAAAGUUUAAAUAAUAAAAAACAAAAUGGUGUCGGUAUUAAAUACAGUUGAUACGGGCCACGAAGACAUGAUCCAUGACGCAGAAAUGGACUAUUAUGGACUGAGGUUAGCAACAUGUUCCAGUGACAAUUCUGUUAAAGUAUUUGACCUAAAAAAUGGAUCACAGAGUCUGGUUGCUGAUCUAAAAGGUCACGAUGGACCUGUCUGGCAAGUGGCCUGGGCGCAUCCGAAAUUCGGUAACAUUCUUGCGUCUUGUAGCUAUGACAGGAAGGUCAUGAUUUGGAAAGAACUUGGAGAAUGGACUAAAAUCUACGAGCACACGAGUCACGACUCAUCAGUAAACUCCGUGGCCUGGGCACCUCACGAGUUCGGUUUAAUUCUCGCAUGCGGAAGUUCUGACGGUUCAAUAUCAAUACUUACCAACAACGGUGACAGCUGGAGCACCCAAAAGAUACCAAAUGCCCACACGAUUGGUUGCAACGCCGUCAGCUGGUGUCCAGUCAUCGACCCAACUUUUGACGCCGCUUCACAUCAGAGAGUUGGAACCAUCAAGAGACUCGCCACCGGUGGCUGCGACAAUUUGGUAAAGAUCUGGAGAGAAGAAGGUGACCGUUGGAUCGAGGAAAAUAAAUUGGAGGCUCACAGCGACUGGGUUCGUGACGUAGCAUGGGCACCAGCAGUCGGACCACCACGUGCUGCUUUAGCUUCCUGCUCCCAAGACAGACGUGUCGUCGUCUGGACCUCUUCAGACUACGCCAGCUGGAAACCCAACGUGUUGAAUGUCUUCGACGACGUGAUCUGGAACGUCAGUUGGUCGUUGACCGGCGGCAUACUCGCAGUCAGCGGCGGAGACAACAAAGUCUCGCUCUGGAGAGAAAACUCCGAAGGACAGUGGUCUUGUAUCUCAGAAUUGAACAAAGGACAGGGCAACCUCAACAAUGCCGACCAACGAGUCCUAUAGUACCACAUAUUAACUUACAAUAUUAAUUAAAAUGUAUCAUAAUUAUUUCUUAUCCUUAUUCUUGUUUAUCUUUUUCAUAAAUGUACGCUUUUAAUUAGAGAAUAGACUCUAAUCUUUAUUAUUAUUAUACAAUCGGUAGAAAAAUUUUUCUUUAUCACGUGGAGCUUUGCAAAAAAAAAAAAAAAAAAAAAAAUCUGUAUUCUUUAGUCCUGAGUGUAGAGGGAAGCCGUGAAAACAAUAUCACGCUUGAUAGCCGUUGAGGCUUCCUCCAUUUUUUCUUUUAAAACAGUCUCGCCGAUUCUAUUUGCUGCUGUUUUAACAUCCUUUAGUGUGUCGUUUAAUUGCUGGAUGCAACGGACAAUAAUGCCCUCUUGGACGUCUGUUAGCUCCAUUAUUUUAGCAAACGACUCUUCACGAGCCCACUCAUAAACAACUUCCACUAGACCGAAGUUAAGUGGCUCUACUGUUUCCAUUCCAUACUGCAGUUCUAUAGAUUCUAUCUCCUGACGUAUCUCUAUCAUUGU